AUGUCGAGGGACGACGAUGCUAGGAGCAGCGGCAAGACCAACGAGGUGUCCAAAACUCCUGCCGACGAUUAUCCAGCCCACGUCAAUGCCGACCUACAUGCUGUCUUGAAGUCAUACUCGCGCUGCACAUGUCUCACUGGUCUCGGUCAUAGUCGUGAGGGCCACCAUGCGAGGCUCAAGCUGUGCGACAACGUCGUCAAGGAUGACGGGCACGUGGCGUUCGACAUGCUCUCCUCAUCAUUGCCCACAGCAUGGGACCACUGGCAGGACCUUCAGAUUCGUGUAUCCAUAAGAAAAAAAGCUAGCAAAGCAGUCAAGUUGUCAUAG